UUAUAUAUAUUGCUUCUUCAGCAGAUCUUCUUCCUCUCUUGUAUAGAAUUUGAUAGAGAAGCAAUCGAUGGACAAUAAUUCAUCAACGGCGAGCGAUGCGUCCUUAGCCACAUACGCACCUGGAGCUCCGAUCACCGGUGAACGGAAGCUUAAUCUUCACCUUCAGGAGCAGAUUCCGAAGCCAUAUAUUGCUCGAGCAUUGGUCGCAGUAGAUCAGAGCCAUCCAAAUGGAACUGAGGGAAGAGAUCACCAUGAUAUGAGUGUGCUUCAGCAGCACGUUAGUUUUUUUGAUAGAAAUAAAGAUGGGAUUAUUUACCCGUGGGAGACCUACAAAG